ACCGCCUGUAUGGUGGACACCAUGAUGAACACAAAUACAGAUGGUGUCACAGCGGUUCCUCCGAUCUUUCCACUACCGUCGACGACACCAAACAGAAAUAAUAAUAAUGAACUGGCGAUGUUGGCACAGAAGCAAAUAGUCGCCGGAUUACUGUUACAACAACCAACGAUUGUGCAGGCAGCGGUGAAUGGAACCAAUUCGCAAAAACAUUUGGCAGAUAUUGACUAUACGAAUGUUAUUCAGACUCUUCAAGCCCUUGGCACUACAAAUCUAAAAGCAUUCUCUCUACUUCUUGAUCCACAAUCCCAAACAUCUCAGUUAAUAUCUGAAGAUACACGUCCAUCUGCCAGCUCAUCACCGUCUUCAACUGCAACUGCAGUAUCUAACAGUGGACAAUCAAACGCAACAUCCACGUCAUCAUCGUCCACAGAACCCGAAUAUAAACCGAGAAAUGUGCGAGAAAAAGUGUAUGCAGAUGGAUAUAUCAUGUCAUUUGAUAAGAAAUCGUGUUGUGGAACUAAAGAAUUUUGGAGAUGUGAACGAAAGAAUGAUUGUAAUGCAAGAAUGCAUUCAGAUAUCAAUACACGAGAAAUUGUGAGAAAGUUACAUCCACAUAAUCAUGAGAAACCGUCGCCCGAAGAACUUGCAUUUUAUGAGCAAGAUUUCUCUACUCUCCAUCCAAAUUAUUGUCAUCCAGUGAAAAGUAUCAACCGAUCCUACAUGCAACGAAAACUGAGCCGUGCCUCACAUGUAUCACAAGCUCUACCAAUUGCUCCACAACAAAUUAAAGCUGAACCAAUGGAAGUUGACACGACAAAUCAAACAAUUCAAAACUUUCAACAAAACAAUAAUUUAAUGCUUCUCGCCUCAAUCAAUGCAGCAGCAACUGCGGCUGCAGCUGCAACUUCUGCUGGAAUAAGUCCGCCGGUUGUUGGACAGAAAAGAGUAUCAACGACUGUGAUGCCUAUCACUUUGAAAUCGCAACGCACAACUCCUAAAGAAGAAGAAGAUUCAUCUCAAUUGAUGUCACAAGAAGAAUUCCGUAUCACUUACGAAUUGACCAAAAAGCUCAUGGAAAUGAUGAAGCCAAAAACUGAAAUUGGAGUUCGAUGGCAAGGAGAUGAAGGGUCAAUUCUUUUGUUCUUAUCACAUGAUAAUGGAGCAGAAGAGAAUGUCUUCUUUCCGGUGGUUGUCAUGAAUCGUGAUGAGAAAUCCCUAAUCACUGCGUUAGAAGGAUUCACUGGCAAACGUUGCGAAGGAAAACUUGCUCUGUGUUACUCACAGAGGGUUAAUGUGCUUGUACAUGAAGCGCUAAUCAGCAAUUGGACACACGGAAAACUAUUUCUCGUCAACACUGAUGCACCGGCUCUCUGGCGUCUAACGCCCGUCGACGCUUUCGGCGAGCCUUUAAACCAUGUCUAAGUGAUCAUUAUUCAAUUAAUCGAUAGUUUGGAGUCAUGAAAUUAUAACUUGACCGACUGCAACGUUUCGCUGCACGCUACAUUUUAUUAGUUGUCAUGAACCUAUAAUAUCGAGCUCCCGGAGCAAUCAUAUAAUUACAAAUUGUAAAUUUUUUUUUAAAUUUAUUCCAGCCAUUUUCCCCUCUCAAUACCUCUCCCUUAUCUUGUCUCUAUAAUCUUGUCUGUUUCUCAACAAAAAAGCUCGUCGUCAGGUCCCCCAUUUCCGGAUCUCAUUGUGAACUUUUCAGAAAAGUUCGCAAAUUUUCAUAUUCCUUGUCAAUUCCAAUCUCUAUGUCUCCCUUUUAUUGUGCUCUUUCCCCCUUAUAAAAUUACGGAAACCACCCUCUCCAACUCAGGAAAAAACCCCCUUUAUAUGCUCCUUUUCUUUUGAUAAAAUGAUAUCGUUCAACUAACAAUUAUCCCCUGAUCACUUACAUCAAUAAAUUGUUUCUAUGAAAUAAAAAUAUAUAUAAAGUGGACAAUUGAACAUGAAUAAGUAAAA